CUCGUCGUCCCGCCCGGAUCUUGACACACUACCAGCUAGCUGUUUAAUUCCGUUAAUUUGUAGGAGCAGCAGCUCGCUAACGACACGCCUCCCUCCACUCCAAGUCUUCUCCACCCUCAACCAACGCUGCAACACGCGCGCGUCUUCACAUGCAGGGAGGAGGUGGCGUGAGCUGCGCGGUGGCCGGCGAGGCACCGUCGCCCGCGGGAGUUCACCUCCGUGCCGGCGGCGGGGGCGCUCGGCUGCUGGGCCUGACCAUCGAUCCUGCGGGCGACGUGGAGGCCCCCGCGGAGCGCAUCGGGCGGCUGGUCCGCGAGAGCCCCGUGGUGAUCUUCGCGCGGCGCGGGUGCUGCAUGUGCCACGUGAUGCGGCGGCUGCUGGAGGCCGUGGGCGCGCACGCCACCGUCAUCGAGCUGGAGGAGGCCGCCGAGGAGGCCGCGGCGUCGGCGGCCGCCGCUGCCGCCGUGCCGGCGCUCUUCGUCGGCGGCGUUCCCGUGGGCGGGCUCGACGGGCUCAUGGGGCUCCACCUCAGCGGCCGCCUCGUCCCGCGCCUAAGGGAGGUCGGCGCGCUCUGCGGCUAGCGAGGCCGUGUCCGUACGUCGCCGGCCGGCCGGCCGGACGGGCGCGUCUGUUGCUUGGUGCCUGUAGAUAUACGGUACGUUACGUGGUUUGGAGCAAAAUGGCCUGUGACGUUAAUAAGACGUCGUCGUUGUACUACUGCUUUGCUUUGCUGGGGGCAUGGCGCUUGCGGAGCUGAGGGGGCUGGAGUGAGAGCGUUGGCUAAAGUCGAGGGCCUUUGUGAGAAAUGUCUGGGUCUAAAUGUAAUUAACACUUUUCUUCUACAGCCGUUGUUAGUUUCGUCUCUGUCGUGCCUGUGAGUCUGUGACGACGUACGUAUGCAGCUACUGUGCGUCCUCUCUGGCUCCUCUUUGGUGUUUUGUUUGAUUGAUCGAUCGAUCAACCUGCAAUAGAAAGAACGGAAUACAAAA